AUGAAAAAUCAGAAGAAUUUUUAUCAGGGAGCAAAGAUAAAACUAUUUUUAUUUGGUCAGGGUCUAAAAAAUUUAAGGAUUGGAGAGUUAAUUAAAAGUUCAGAGGAAAUAAUGGAAUGUUAAAUUGCACGACAUAAAUAAUGGUGCAAAUUAUUUUUCAGCUGGCUGAGGAAAAGCCUUAAAAUUAUGAUCCAAAGAUAAAGAAUGGAAGUUUUAAUAUAGUAAUUUAGAAAAUAAAACAAAUAUUUUCAAGUAUUUGCUUUAGUGGCUCUUAAAAUUUAUUAGUUUAUAGUAGUAAAUGAAUUUCGAUAUAAAAUCUUAAUUUAAUAAGAUGUUUAAAGAAUAAAUGAUUCAAUAUUGAAUGGUCACUAAAACUAAGUGAUGCCAAAUAAAUUUGUACAGUCAGUGAUAAUUCUAAAUUGA